GUGCAGAUGCUCAGUUCUGCUCACUUUUUUAUCCUGUGAGCUCGUGACCAUGUCUCCUCCUCUGAUGGCGAUGCUCCUGCUCGCCGUCGCAAUGCCGCGCUGCGCUCUUGUCGCGGGGGGCGGUGGCAACGGCAUCGCCGCCCACCCGGCGUACGCGGACGACGGCACGUGCGGUCCGGGCGCGCCGGCGGGGGCGCUCCCGCUGGAGGAGUACGACAGCGAGCGCAUCGUGGACAUCACGCACGCGUACCGGCCGGAGCUGCCGGCGGUCGGGCCGCACGGGCUGGGCCCGGUGGUGCACCUGACCAUGUCCAUGGCCAAUGGGACGCUCUUCAACCUGUCGGAGCUCCGCAUGGUGGUGCACGCCGGCACCCACGUCGACGCGCCGGGGCACAUGAUCCAGGAGCACUUCGAAGCCGGCCUCGAUGUCGACAAGCUCGACCUCGCUGUCCUCAAUGGACCUGCAAUACUGGUUGAUGUUCCUAGACACACAAAUAUAACAGCCGAAGCUAUGGAAUCCCUAAAUAUCCCAAAAGGAGUUCGCCGAGUUCUAUUCAGGACACUGAACACUGACAGGAAGCUGAUGUGGAAGAAGGAAGGUGAUCUGAGCUAUGUUGGAUUUACAGAGGAUGGUGCACAGUGGUUAGUUGACAACACUGAAAUCAAGCUAGUUGGGGUUGACUAUCUAUCAGUUGCAAAUUUUGAUCACUUGAUCUCUGCCCAUAUCGUCUUUUUCAAAAACCCGGGUAUAAUCCCAAUCGAAGGAUUGAAACUAGACGACGUAAACGCUGGAAUAUACAUGUUGCAUUGCUUACCUCUCAGACUGGUUGGAGCCGAGGGUUCACCAAUCAGGUGCAUCCUUAUCAAGUAAUCGUUCGCUGCUCUUGCCGAAUGAGAGUUGUCACAUGCCAGCUGAUGCUUCAUCCUGGCUAAUGUCUUGGUGUUGGUGCACAAUCCACCUCUGUACGAAAAGAAAAUGGUGCAUGCCAUGUAGAUAUAUGCUUGUACGGUCAAUAAAGCAACAGCAAUAUUUCCAUCGAGACAAUGUAAAAGUACACUAUGGUCAAGUCAGUGGUGUAAGACAGACCAUAGUCACCAAAUUCUCGGGUCGAUAGGGUCGAGGAACGAGGUA